UAAAUAGGGCUGCCAGGCCCUAUUUGGGAUCAGUCUGCGCUCGAUCGCUGGAGAAAUAGGUGAACAGAAAGUGAAUAUGAAGGUUUUCGUUGCCAUCUGCGUGCUGAUUGGACUGACCUCCGCCGCCGCUGACUAUGUGGUGAAGAACCGCAACGACAUGCUGGCCUACCGGGACGAGUGCGUCAAGGAGCUGGCCGUGCCCGUGGAUCUGGUGGAGAAGUACCAGAACUGGGAGUACCCCAACGACGCCAAGACCCAGUGCUACAUCAAGUGCGUCUUCACCAAGUGGAACCUGUUCGACGUCUCCAGCGGCUUCAGCGUGGAGAACAUCCACCAGCAGCUGGUGGGCAGCCACGCCGACCACAACGAGGCCUUCCACGCCUCCCUGGCCGCCUGUGUGGACAAGAACGAGCAGGGAUCCAAUGAUUGUGAGUGGGCCUACCGCGGAGCCAUUUGCCUGCUAAAGGGCCACCUAGCCCAGAUCAAGAAGAGCCUGGCCCCCAAGGCCUAGUGGGUUCGCAAUGGACGAAUGUACUGAUAGGCAUUAAUUUAGUUAAUAAAGUAAUUGAUUUCCCAUAAAA